AUGCAGCCGGCGGCAGAUGGGGAGAGGUGGCGUGGAGCGCAUCCCAGUCCAGGCCUCCGAGCUGUUGUUCGACGUCGACGAGUCGGCGCGGCGGAGCGCGCCACCGGGGCGGUCGCCAGGGUCCGGGCGCUUGCGAGGGACAGCGAGCGGAACCGGCGAUGCUUCGUGUCUGUCGGCACGGGGCGCAUGCUGGCCGCGGCGUUCGAGUCUCUCGCCGCCGCGGCAUUGGUUUGCAUGAUGCCAUUGGACAAGGAAGCGGCCAGGGUCACCAAGGCCGCCAUGGUCGCCACCACCCACCUGGUGAGCUCCGACAAGCGCGUCGCGACGAGGGUAGCGUCCACGGGGCUCAUCCCAACACUAAUCGAGGCCCUCGUAGACGCUGACAAGAGCGUGUCCGAGAAGGCCCUGGCGGUGUUCGACGCAAUGCUCACCUCGGAGGAAGGCCGCGCGAGCGCGCGGGGCCACGCCCUCGCAAUGCCGGUCCUUGUGAAGAAGAUGUUCCGCGUGUCCGAUGUGGCCACCGAGCUUUGCCGCCGCCACCGCUCAUUGGGCUCGGUCAAGGGAGGGGCCGGUGAGCCCGUUCGGACGGUGAGGAGAAAGCCGACGAUGGGCACUGGCCGGUGA